AUGCCUGUGCCACCUGUGCCUGGCAAUGUUAGUAGUGGUGGCAGCAGUGGUACAGUGCCUGUUAUGCCUGGGGCUACUGGCAUGAUGCCAGCAAGCAGUGCUGUGCCUCCGCCAACACGAGGCAUACCUAUUGUGCAUCCCGCUGAGACUCGGCAGCCACACAUGUUCCGAAUCGUCAAGUCGCCACCGACGCUGAACACGACGAACUGUGUGAUUCUGAACCCAAGCGAGUGGGGCAACACACGCUAUGUGCUUGUGUCUGGGCGUUUCGCAUUCACGGCUAUACCCGACAACACACACACAAUCGCACCAGGAACGAUCGGUACAGCCUUGCUGCAGCGACAGUGGGCACGGCUUAGUGCUGAAGGACACGAUGUUGCGGUAGAGGCAUUUGAGCCGACGGUGCUGGGCAAAGGUGUGUAUUUGGGCAAUGUGGAUAUUGAGCUGGACUACCUGAGUCGGAGCCAAAUGCCUACUGGACCAUUCAGUGCCGAUGAAAUGCAGGGCAUUUUCACGCGUGUAUUUGAUUCACACGUAUUAUCAAAUGGCCAGGUGCUAGUGUUUGAGUUCCAUGGCCAGAAUCUGAAAGCGACGGUGCGUGGGGUAUAUUCGAUCGACACCAGCGCAGCGCAUCAUCUGGGCGUUAUGAUCCCACAGACGCAAGUCAACUUCUUUGUCGCACAGGGCAGUGCGCUUGAGAUCAAGGCGAGUGGAAAGCGUGCGCGGCCGAACGCAAUUCUUCAGCCGAACUUCAAGUUCGAAGACAUGGGGAUCGGCGGUCUCGACACAGAGUUCAGUGCAAUUUUCCGUCGUGCGUUUGCGUCGCGCAUCUUCCCACCCGACCUUGUUGAGAAACUUGGGAUCCAGCACGUCAAGGGUCUAUUACUGUAUGGCCCGCCCGGUACGGGUAAGACCCUCAUGGCACGUCAGAUUGGUAAGAUGCUAAACGCUCGUGAGCCGAAAGUGGUGAAUGGACCCGAGAUCCUCAGCAAGUACGUCGGUGCCAGUGAAGAAAACAUCCGCAAGCUGUUUGCGGAGGCUGAAGCGGAGUUCAGGAGCAAGGGUGACGAGUCAGGCCUGCACAUCAUCAUCUUCGAUGAGCUCGAUGCCAUUUGUCGGCAGCGAGGCACCACCGGUGGCGGCACUGGGGUAGGCGACUCGGUUGUGAACCAGCUGCUGUCCAAAAUGGACGGCGUUGACCAGCUCAAUAACAUUUUGAUUAUCGGUAUGACGAACCGGCUCGACAUGAUUGAUGAGGCGCUCCUGCGUCCCGGUCGUCUUGAGGUGCACAUGGAGAUCAACCUGCCCGAUGAAAAUGGACGUCUACAGAUCAUCAACAUCCAGACUGCCAAGAUGCGCACGAAUGGAGUCAUGGACGGUGACGUGAACUUGCAAGAACUCGCUGCACUUACAAAGAACUUUUCUGGUGCAGAAAUUGCCGGUCUCGUGAAGAGUGCGACGUCUUUUGCCUUUAACCGCCACGUCAAGGUCGGUACGAUGGCCGGCAUCUCCGACGACGUCGAAGGCAUGCGUGUGAAUCGGGAGGACUUCUUGUGUGCGCUGGAUGAAGUGAAGCCAGCAUUUGGCGUAGCGGAGGAAGAGCUGCAGCAAGUCGUUCGCAAUGGGAUCAUGCACUUUGCACCGCACAUCGAUACGAUCCUUCGCGACGGUCAGCUGCGUGUUGAACAAGUGCGUACAAGUGAACGUACGUCUCUUGUGACAGCGCUCCUGCAUGGACCGCCUGGCUCGGGCAAGACGGCACUUGCCGCGACCAUUGCGAUGGCGUCUGACUUCCCUUUCAUCAAGCUUGUGGCGCCUGAGAACAUGGUCGGCAUGAAUGAACAGGGCAAGAUUGCGUACCUGAACAAAGUGUUUAAUGAUUCGUACAAGAGUCCCUUGAGUAUUGUGGUCGUGGACAAUUUGGAGAAAAUCAUUGAAUGGGUUCCAAUCGGGCCGCGGUUCUCCAACCCCGUGCUGCAGACGCUGGCUGUCUUGCUUGGCAAGCAGCCACCGAAGGAUCGCCGCUUAUUUGUCUUGGCUACGACGUCCAACAAAGCCAUGCUCAAUGACAUGGACAUGGCCAAUGCGUUCCUUGCCGAUAUCCGAGUGCCCGACAUUACUUCGUUGCGCAGCAUUGAUCAUGUGCUUCGUGAAACGCAGCUGUUUAAGACGCAGGAAGAGCACCUGCGCUGCAUGCAGCUCUUGGCCAGUGCUGGCUUGGGCCAGAAUGGCCGCCUGAGCAUUGGCAUCAAGAAGCUACUCUCUGAGAUUGAAAUGGCUCGCCUGGACGAUGACCCUGCUGAUAGGCUUACCGCAGCACUGAACUUCAUGUAG